CAUGUAUAAAAGCCCCCAGACUUUGAGCCGAUCAGGACAACUUCAAACCAAAGAAGCAAUAACAAUGACGAGCCUUUCCGCUAAAGACAAGACCACAGUCAAAGCCUUCUGGGCUAAAGUGGCUGGCAGAGAGGAGGACAUCGGCUGUGAGGCUAUCUCCAGGAUGCUGACAGUGUACCCCCAGACCAAGACUUACUUCUCCCACUGGAAGGACCUGAGCCCCGGCUCUGCCCCGGUGAGGAAGCACGGAGGAGUCGUGAUGGCUGCGGUUACUGAUGCUGUGAGCAAAAUGGACGAUCUGGUCGGGGGUCUUCUGUGUCUCAGUGAGCUGCAUGCCUUCACUCUGAGAGUGGACCCUGCAAACUUCAAGGUUCUUGCUCACAACGUCCUUGUGGUCCUGUCCACCAUGUUCCCCAACGACUUCACUCCUGAGGUCCAUGUGGCCAUGGACAAGUUCCUGGCUGCUGUGGCUCGUGCCUUGUCUGAGAAAUACCGAUAAACUUCACACAGGAGCAGAGGACUGAAAGCAGCGUGGGCUUGCAUGCUCAUUCCCAAAGUGAAUUUGAAUUAAAAA